UGAGAAACAGAGGUAGGAAUAAUAUAGUAAAAAUAGGGACAUAGGAAAAAAAGGGAUGCUUUAACAGGUGCUUUGAACAGUAGAUACAAUAGUGCUUAAUUGGUAGGUGUUUUGCAGCUAUUACUGCAGAGUUGGAAAAGAAUACUACGUUAUUAUAUUCAAAUUAAUACAAGUGUUCUGAACAUUCAGCUCAGUCCGUUAAGACAAGCUUCGCACUGCAAUAGAAAGCAAAACUUUACUUUUUUAAACAAAACAGAGAAGUUCAUUAAAACUGUACAGAAUGCUAAAGUGUUUUUCAGUGAUUCUGGUGUGUGUUGGUAGCAUGUGCCUAUGUGCCAUGGCUCAGGGCGGGAACAAAGGCAAAGCGGGUGAAUAUGGGGUGAAGCUGUGUGGUAGGGAGUUUAUUAGAGCUGUGAUAUUCACCUGUGGAGGGUCCCGGUGGAAAAGGCUGUCUUUGGACGUGGAUCGCUCUCAGAAUGUGAACAACCCUAUUAUGGGCGGUUCUAUCAAUGAUUACUCCAAAGAUAAUGACGACUUUGGUAAACUGCGAUCCAUCUUGCAAGGAGAACCGCCAAAGAAAGCUGACUUGCCCUACGGACAGGGAUCCAUGAAGGAGCUAUUUAACCUUUACGACGACUACAGCGAUUACGAGCAAAUGUCCAACGACUUCAACGAGUACGUCCGGCAGGUCGCUGAAGCCACACGGAAGCAGCAGAUGGCCCUAAGAGACAGCGGCAAUGCCCGUGCUGCGUCCCCUGGCAUCCCCUGGACCAAGUCGCCACGGAAGAAACGGGACUUGUCCAUGGGCGUGGCGGCGAUGUGCUGCAAGUGGGGCUGCACCAAAGCCGAGAUCAGCACUCUCUGCUGAAAACAAAAUAAUCCACUUCAAUCAUUCAGUUGUUUAGCUAUAUUUAUUCUAUGUCCAUGGACUGAAUGUCAUUGACAUGAAAAAAAAACCUGUUCCACAUUGUGAGAACCUACUUUACUCACAAAUGUAUUCUCACUUGAAUCAUAACACUAUGUUUCUUAGAAUACAAUAAAGUUGUACAGGUUUUGUUUUUUUGCUGCUGUAAUGUUUUGUUCUGUUUCUUUAUUCAAGCUUUUUUAAUCAAAUUACUAGCCACUAAUGUAUUGUGCUGGGGAGCUGAUAUAGAACGAUAUAAAAGAACAACAUUAAUAUAAAAUAUAACACAUCAAUUACCGACACAGGGCAUAUAAAUGGGGCAUUUGUUGCCUAUUUUACCUCCAACUCAAAUCCCUUUGUUUAUUAUUUAUUGUUAAUAAAAGGCAGUUGUACCCAAAUAUUAUUAAUUUACUAUCAAAGCAAAAUUAUGUUUCUGUAGUGUUGGUAGGGGGACAAUAAGGUGUACUGUAAUAGGCAGUAGAGACGUUUAACAAAAUGUUUAAAACAAUUGCCAUUCCUGUACUUUGAAUUUUAAUACAGUAGGCCUACUUUCAAUAUAAACAAUUCCACUUCAUAGAAAACAACGGGAAGGCUAUGGAAUUAAAUUCAGGUGUAGUCAAAAUAUAGUCACGUAUUCUGAUUAAACCAGAAAAAACAGUAGCAGUCAUGAUAGACAUUUAAAUGUCCAACCAACACUCAAUUUAAUGCCCACACCUAUUCUGCAUUCUUAAAAAAUAAAUAACAUUUAAGGGUACAUCAGUUCUCUUAUUUCAGAACCUCGUAAAAACAAAAUUACUGAAAAUGAGAUUAAUGAAUAUGCCUAAUAUUGAAAUGCAUAUACUGUAUCUCCAAACAGUCAUUUUGAUACACAUUCUUGCUCUCAGCCAGUGAUUUGUGAGGCAGUUUGAGGAAAUUAUUGAAGCACCACAAUGGAUCCUCACACCCCACACAAAUAUGCAGAAUUAAGAAAAGGCUUUAAACAUUUGAACAGUGAGGGAUUAGCAGUUUAUAUGCAAUUAACCAUUCGAUUUCUCGGCAUCGUUAUUGUAAAGAUAUUGUUAAAGAACAAUAAAUAUUUUUGCAAAACAACAAAAAAUAGCUAGCUAUAACAGUAAGGCUAUUCAAAUUAACUUAAUGUUAACUCCAAAAUCUCAAAAUUAUAUAUUCUAAACAGC